AUGGACAAGUUCCGGAUGAUCUUCCAGUUACUGCAGUCCAACCAGGAGUCCUUCAUGAACGGCAUCUGCGGCAUCAUGGCCCUGGCCAGCGCCCAGGUGUACUCCGCCUUCGAUUUCAACUGCCCCUGCCUGCCGGGCUACAACACGGCCUACAGCGCGGGCAUCCUGCUGGCGCCGCCCCUCGUGCUCUUCCUGCUCGGCCUGGUCAUGAACAACAAUGUGUCCGUGCUGGCCGAAGAGUGGAAGCGGCCCCCGGGCCGCCGGGCCAAGGACCCCGCAGUGCUGCGCUACAUGUUCUGCUCCAUGGCCCAGCGCGCCCUCAUUGCGCCGGUCAUCUGGGUGGCCGUCACACUGCUGGAUGGCAAGUGCUUCCUCUGUGCCUUCUGCACUGCGGUGCCCGUGACUGUGCUGGGCAAUGGCAGCCUGGCACCUGGCCUGUCUCGGCCCGAGCUCGCACGCCUGCUGGCCCGGGUGCCCUGCCCCGACAUCUACGAUGGUGACUGGCUGCUGGCCCGCGACGUGGCCGUGCGCUACCUGCGCUGCAUCUCCCAGGUGAGGGGGGCCCUGGGCUGGUCCUUCGUGCUGCUGACCACACUGCUGGCAUUUGUUGUGCGCUCUGUGCGGCCCUGCUUCACACAGGCUGCCUUCCUCAAAAGCAAGUACUGGUCCCACUAUAUCGACAUUGAGCGCAAGCUCUUCGAUGAGACAUGCACGGAGCACGCCAAGGCCUUCGCCAAGGUCUGCAUCCAGCAGUUCUUCGAGGCCUUGAACCAUGACCUGGAGUUGGGUCACGCCCACAGGGCGCUGGCCACAGCCCCCUGCCCUCGGCUUGCACCGGUGGCCACGGAUGGGGCUGAGGAGGAGAGGGAGAAGCUGCACGGCAUCACAGAUCAAGGCACCAUGAACAGGCUGCUCACGAGCUGGCACAAAUGCAAGCCGCCCUUGCGGCUGGGCCAGGAGGAGCCCCCGAUGGGCAAUGGCUGGGUGGGGGGCGGGCCCCGGGCUCCACACAAGGAGGUGGCCACCUACUUCAGCAGAGUGUGAGCUGUGGCCAAGUGAAGAGGCGGGAAUGGGGGUCUGAGCCCACAGCCUCUCAGACCCCCCCCAAACCAGAUGGGAAAAUGAAGCCUGCCGGUGCUGAGUGGUAGGCCCCUGGGACAGACCCACAUGCCCAGGCAUUCACCUGCCCAUUGAGGCAGGAAAUUUGGAGCUGGAAGGGGACAUCAGUCCCCCAGCUGGGACACAGCAGUAUUAGAAAGGUUCAGAACUGGUUGGGGUGGACAA